AUGGAAAAUAUUAAUACACCUACCAGUCCAAUACAACUUGAUUAUUACAAAGAUCAAGCCUCAUAUUCUCAAAUAUCACAUCAUAUCACUAGAAAAAAUCCAACCUCACCACUUACACCCUUAAUGAGAGAUCAUAGAGAUUUGGCUGCAGUAAAACUGCAGAAAGUCUACAAAAGUUUUAGAACAAGAAGACGACUUGCAGAUUGUGCUGUUCUUGCUGAACAAAAAUGGUGGCAGGUGCUAGACUUAGCUGAACUUAAGCAUAGCUCUAUAUCAUUUUUUGAUAUAGAGAAGCAUGAAACUGCAAUUUCACGAUGGUCUAGAGCAAGAACAAGAGCUGCUAAAGUUGGAAAAGGCUCAUCAAAGGAUGCAAAAUCAAGGAAAUUGGCCCUCCAACAUUGGCUCGAAGCUGUAGAUCCUCGGCAUCGUUAUGGCCAUAACCUACAAUUUUACUAUGUUAGGUGGCUUCAUUGUGAGAGCAAUCAACCAUUCUUUUAUUGGCUUGACAUUGGAGAUGGCAAAGAAGUCAACCUCGUUGAUAGAUGUGCAAGAUCCCGACUUCACCAGCAAUGCAUUAAGUACCUUGAUCCAGGAGAGAGGGAGGAAUAUAAAGUUAUAGUGGAGAAUGGAAGGCUCGUAUAUAAAACAAACCAAAAGGUUGUUGAUACAAUAGGAGGACCUAAAGGUACAAAAUGGAUCUUUGUUUUAAGCACAACAAAAACUUUGUAUGUGGCCCAGAAAAUCAAAGGCAGGUUUCAGCAUUCAAGUUUUUUGGCUGGAGGUGCUACUUUGUCUGCUGGCAGAUUGAUUGUUGAUGAUGGAAUUCUAAUGUCAGUUUGGCCUCACAGUGGUCAUUAUCUCCCUACAGAAGAAAAUUUUCAGGCAUUUAUAUCAUUUCUCACAGAAAAUAAUGUUGAUCUCACUUAUCUCCAGGAAGCACCACUAGACGAGGAAGAUGGAAUUGGUACAAAAACUCCCGCCUUCCCUGUAAGUCAAUUCAGAACAGAAGAACAAGAUAGUUCAGCUCAAGAUGAAAAUCAAAACCAACCAAAACCACGACAAGUUUCCAAGCUUUCAGAAGUUGCGACUUCAUCCAUAUUGCUAAAAAGAUCCAAUCUCAUACGCUCCAAGAUUGCCCGGCUAAGAAUUCCAAGCAUGAAUGAACACGCAGAAGAAGAGUUCAAGACACCACAACUACCACCUGAACCAAUAACCGAAAAUGCUGAUGCCAACGAACAACGUUUCUCGUCAGACGACGAUGGCUUUGAGACAGCCGAAGAUUCGUUACUGUCGGAGAACGAUUUCAUGUACCCUAAAGUCAACAUAUUUGAGGUGUUUGCAGAUCCCGAUUUUGAAGAGCCGAUAUCACAUGCAACGAUACUUGAGAGAAUUCACAGUCAUAAAAGAACUAGAUCUUAUCAAUUGGGUGAACAUUUACAGUUCAAAUGGACAACAGGAGCAGGGCCUAGAAUUGGGUGUGUAAGGGAUUAUCCUUCAAGGUUGCAAUUCCAAAUGUUGGAGCAAGUGCAGUUGUCUCCAAGGAGCAUGCACAAUAGCCCCUCGGGGUUAAGCCCUGGUUUGCCUAAACACUUCAUUCCAAGUAAAAGUAACCUUUGUCCUGAUUAAAUCAUUCUAUCUCACAUAUUUUUCUACUUGGAUCAGAGUUGACAUAAAGCAAUGUAUCAUUUUGGAACUUAUAAUUUAA